UUUUUUUUUUUCUCUUCCAGUUUGACAACAACCUCCUGACUUAUGAGAAUCAAGUGUUCACAUCUUGCCGGUUGAGUUGCCUUUCACUAUCUGGUCAAUGACACCAAGGUAGUACUGCUCUUGUACCAGAAUAAUCCUGCACCUGUAGUCCAGCCUGGCUUGGGAGACCUUGCUGUCAUCAUGCGGCUUGCAUUGGAUUCAACCUACAAUGACUUGUAUAGAGCUCAGGAUUACCCUGUUGUGAAGUACUUGCGAAGACCCUUGUAUUUUGAGGUAGAGCUCCUGUACAGCAGGGAUCCACAGGCUGAAUUGUUUUUGGAGAACUGCUGGGCAACCUAUUCUGCUGACAGGAAUAGCUCUCCAAAGUGGGAUGUUGUUGUGGACAACUGUGAGAACUCUGCAGAUGAGUACUUGACCAUCUUUCACCCAGUCUCCAGCAAUGCAAGAGUGGUGUUCCCUUCCCAUCUGAAGAGGUUUGAAAUGAAAAUGUUUUCCUUCACAAGCGGCCUGGAUGCACUGAAAGGACAGCCCAAGUCAAUGUGUGGUCUCUUCUGGGAGCUGCAAUGGGAGUGUGUUCAGUGGCUGUCUUUGUAGCUGGAGUUGUAUCUUUUUGGAAAAUGCUGACACAUGUGAUUUCAUAAAUCUUGCUUGUGAAGGCGGUUUUGGAUUUUAUUAUUUAUUUAUUUUUUGGU